UCUGGCACACUUUGCCCCGGCGCUCGUAAGGCUCCGAGCCCCGCAGAACCCGGCCGAUCUUCCUUCCGAGGAGGAGACCUACGGAGGAGGACGCCGGGCGGCUCCUACCCAAGGCCCGAGGAGGAAACCCCUCCGGAGCCAGGGGCACUUUCUUGCCGAGAAGCUGCGCGCAGGGCGCUGCGCGCGCGCGCCUUCCCCAGCCGCGCUCCUGCAGGAGCAGCUUUCAAGUCCCAGGCAAACUCUGCUCAGAAGGGAGAGGGGGGAGAGGGAGGCGCCCUCUGACUCGCUGGCUGCCCUGGCUCAGCUAUACUCACGAGGUUUAUCUCCAAUAAACUUCCUAGCUGCUCAGGACAGCAACAUACAUAAAUAUAUAUUUGAGUGCAGCCAUGUAAAUAUCGCAGGGACGAAUAGUUCCGUCCUGGAGCCCGCUUACUGGGACGGAAAUCGCAACGGGGCUUACUUUCAAGUAAACGCGCAGAGGUUAGCAGCCCCAAUUGCGGUGCUCCGCGUGUGAAAGUUGACGGCUCAACAAAUUGCACCGCUGCUUCUAGACUAUUUUUGCGCGCAAAUGCACAACUGAGGCACAGUGCCAUUUUCUUUUAAUUGCGUGUGUGUGUGUUUAGCCUGUGUUUUCUUUCCUCUGGGUCAUUUCUCUCUACGCCCCUCUCUCCUAUUUUCGCAUUGUCUGCACUGGACCAUUCCCUUCUUUCUUCCUUCCUUCCUCCCUCGUCUACCCCGCUCCUGGCUCUCGCUCCCUCUCCCUCUCCAAAAAGGAUCAUUGUUAGUUUCUCCGCUUCCCCCCCUCCUCCUGUUUAUUUAUGCACACGUCAUUGGGGAGCCCCCGCCCCCUCCUGCAUCUCAUUAAGUGCCUAGUGUGUUUCUUUUUCCCUGUCAAUAAUCCUGGAUCCCAGACUUCUCCGUUCCUCCGGAUUUCGAUCCCCCUUUUUCUAUCUGUCAAUCAGCGCCGCCUUUGAACUGAAAAGCUCUCAGUCUAACUUCAACUCACUCAAAUCCGAGCGGCACAGGCUCCCUAUAUCUGCGGCUUCUACCCCCCCUUUUUUACAGCUGACUUGUUGUUUGGUUUGUUUGCUGCAAUUUUUUUAUAGUUCCCCCCUCCCCCGUCUCUCCCUCCCUCCCUCCUUAUAUAAUUUUUUUAUUAUUAAUUUUGUGUGUGUCUACCCGCGUGUGUCUGUGCGCGCGCUUUACACGCUGAUCUGAUCUUCGGAAGAAAAGAGAGAGAGAAAGAGAAAAUCCAGAAGAAGGAAAAGAAGAAACCCAAAGUCACUGGUGCAAAAGGAAAGGAGAAGGGACACUGCCCUCCCCUCCUUCUCCUCCUCCCUCUUUUCCCCUCCCCAGGAGGAAAGAAAAGGAAAAGGAAAAAACUUUCACCUUGGACUUUUUUUAAAAACAAAAAAUUGCAAACUUCCCCCUUUUCUUUCUUUCUUUUUUUAAUCCUUCCCCCUUUUUCCUCCCCCCCCUUUCCCCUUCUUCUCUCCCUCCCCUCCCCUCUGUCCUUGCAAAAUUGCUGCUGGUGGGGUAAGUCAGGAGGAAAAUGCCGCAACUAAAUGGCGGUGGAGGGGACGAUUUGGGGGCGAACGAUGAAUUGAUCUCUUUUAAAGACGAAGGGGAGCAAGAAGAGAAGAUCUCGGAGAACUCGUCGGCGGAGAGGGAUUUAGCCGAUGUCAAAUCGUCGCUAGUCAAUGAAACAGAAACGAAUCAAAACAGCUCUUCAGACUCAGAGGCGGAGAGGCGGCCCCCGCCUAGGUCCGAAAGUUUCAGAGAUAAAUCCAGAGAAAGUUUAGAGGAAGCUGCGAAAAGGCAAGAUGGAGGGUUGUUUAAGGGCCCACCAUAUCCUGGGUAUCCCUUUAUAAUGAUCCCCGACCUGACCGGCCCCUACCUUCCCAAUGGCUCCCUCUCGCCCACGGCAAGAACGUACCUGCAGAUGAAAUGGCCACUGCUUGAUGUUCAGGCAGGGAGCCUACAGAGUAGGCAAGCCCUCAAGGAUGCUAGGUCUCCAUCUCCAGCACACAUUGUUUUACAGACCGAUCCUAGCCAUGUUUACUUGGAAGCAAGUCGCCCUGAGUUUGUUGGAACUUGUUUCCUGUCUAACAAAGUCCCAGUUGUGCAGCACCCACACCAUGUACAUCCUCUCACGCCGCUUAUUACGUACAGCAAUGAGCACUUCACACCAGGGAAUCCUCCUCCACACUUACAAGCCGACGUAGAUCCGAAAACAGGAAUUCCACGGCCUCCGCACCCUCCAGAUAUAUCUCCUUAUUAUCCACUAUCACCGGGCACUGUAGGGCAAAUCCCCCAUCCGCUAGGAUGGUUAGUACCACAGCAAGGUCAACCAGUCUAUCCAAUCACAACAGGGGGAUUCCGACAUCCCUACCCAACCGCUCUGACUGUCAAUGCUUCCAUGUCAAGCUUUCUCUCCUCUAGGUUCCCUCCACACAUGGUCCCUCCACAUCAUAGUUUACAUACGACUGGGAUUCCUCAUCCGGCCAUAGUCACCCCAACAGUCAAACAGGAAUCUUCCCAGAAUGAUGUCGGCUCACUCCACAGCUCAAAACAUCAGGACUCCAAAAAAGAAGAGGAGAAAAAGAAGCCACACAUAAAGAAACCUCUUAAUGCAUUUAUGUUGUAUAUGAAGGAAAUGAGAGCAAAAGUUGUAGCAGAAUGCACAUUGAAAGAGAGUGCAGCCAUCAAUCAAAUCCUUGGUCGAAGGUGGCAUGCAUUAUCCAGAGAAGAACAAGCUAAAUAUUAUGAACUAGCCAGAAAGGAACGACAGCUCCACAUGCAGCUUUACCCCGGCUGGUCCGCACGGGAUAACUAUGUAGGUGGCUAUGGCAAAAAGAAGAAAAGGAAAAGGGACAAACAGCCAGGAGAGACCAAUGAACACAGCGAAUGUUUCCUAAAUCCUUGCCUUUCACUUCCUCCGAUUACAGAUGCAAAUACUCCAAAGAAGUGUCGGGCAUUGUUCGGGCUUGACCGACAGAGUUUAUGGUGCAAACCGUGCAGGAGAAAAAAAAAGUGCGUUCGCUACAUACAAGGUGAAGGCAGCUGCGUCAGCCCACCCUCUUCAGAUGGAAGCCUACUAGACUCUCCACCGUCUUCUCCCAACAUGCUAGCCUCCCCCACAAGAGACUCAAAACCACAGACUGAACAAACCCAACCUCUCUCGCUCACAUUGAAACCCGACCCACUCUCACACCUCUCGAUGAUGCCGCCCCCGCCGUCCUCCAUAGCCCUGACUGAAAGCUCCACUAGCAAAUCCAGCGGUCUGCCUGCUAGUAAUUGUCAGAACGGGGCACUGGACCAUCAGUCUGCCACUUUACCGCAGUCCGCGCCGUCCUCCUCUUCGCUAGCGCAACCCUCGACAUCCUCCUUGCAUUCCCAUAAUUCUUUGGCUGGGACACAGCCUCAGCCACUGUCACUCGUCACCAAGUCUUUAGAAUAGCUUUAGCCUCUUGUAGCCGUUUUUAAAUUUUAUUUCAUUUCUUUUUGUGUCAAGAUUUCUCCCCUCCCCCCUUUUUUCCGUUUAUAUAUUUUUUAAAAAUUUGUGCCAUAUGGCUGGCUACAUUAGUUGAUGUGUAUCGAGUUCAUUGGUCAAUAUUUGACCCAUCCUUAUUUCAAUUUUUUUUCCUUUUUAAAUAUGUAGAUGGAGAGAAAAAAAGCCUCAUGAUUCUGCCAAAAUUUUUAUCAACAGCUGUUUAAAGUCUUUGUAGCGUUUAAAAUAUAUAUAUAUAUAUAAAUAUAUAUAUACAUAACUGUUAUGUAGUUCCAAUAGCUUAGUUUCAAAGACUGAUUUUAAAAAUGAAAAAAAGAAGCAAUUUUGAAGCAGCCCUUGCCGAAGGCGUUGGUUCUUUAUUAUUUGUAUUAAAUACGAGCUUGCGAACCAAUCAUUUUACAUCUGGUUUUUAAAACUUUUUAAGGGCACAAUGAAUGCAGUGCCGCUAUUUUUUCCCCAUUUUUUUUUUCCUUUGUGUGAUAUAACUUUUCUUGUGAUGUUACUUGUUAUUGUUUAAAUGUACAGAAACAAAGGGUUAAAAUGUGUUAAUAUACCUUGUUCCAUGGUGUUGUUCUUUUUUGGGGGAGGGAACGCUACUCAACAAUUAAAAAGUAUCACAACGCUAUUGGACCAGUAGUAUUUAUUGCUUUAGAGAUUGCUUGUUGUAUCUGUAUGUUUGUCCAUUUUUUAAAAGAAAUGCUUUCCUUUCUUUUUUUCCUUGAAACAUUGUGUAAAGGUCUUUUUUUCCCCCUUAGUGUAAGCAACAUAUAUAUAACAACUCAUUUGUACAAGGUUUUUAAGUUUAUAUAUAAAUGUGUAUAUAUAUAUUUUUGUUGGCUUCUUUUUUAUUUUGUUUUAAUUUCUUCCUUUUUUUCUGUCACACAGUUGCCACCAAAUGGACAUUUGCAGAUGGAUCAAUAGUGUAAAAAAAAAAAAAAAGCUUUAAAAGCCAUUACAUGAAAUAAGACUUGAAAAUUUAGCACGGGACUUUUUAUCAGUGCUGUUGGAAAAACAGCAGAAUUUCCCAUUCAGAACUGCAGAUGACUUCCCCUGCCACUUGUAGGCUGUGAGCAAAAAAAUUUAUGUGCCAAAAUUCUCAGUGAUUUUCUCCUUUCCCGACAAUUUUUAUGCUGUAUUUUUUUUGUUCAUCCUGUUUUGCUGUGAUGUUACAUAGGUAGAUAUGUAUGUAGUUUUUAAUGUCACCUAUUACAGACGUGUUUGGUAGCAGAUUGUCCAGAAAGCAUUUUAAAAUGAAGAGGUAUAAACCCUAAAGGGCCAAAUUCUGUAUAUUAGAUUAUUCAUAAAAUGAAAAAUCAGACUGCCACUUUUAUGUACACUUACUACAUACAGGUAGGUAGCAAACUUUAAAAAAAAAAACCUAGGCAUGUUGAUGUUGCAAAUUUUUUAAAAGAAGAUAAAUGCUGUAUAAAGCUGAAAAAAAUGUUCAUCUGUUCAUCCAGUGCCAUUGUAGUUGACAUGAAGCGAUUGUAAAACUGUCUCCAGUUUUCUUCUCUGGUUUAUUAAGAUGCUAACUAUGACAUUUUUUGUGAAUCCUUUGAAUGUUUCCUAACAGUUGUGAUGUUACUGUUCCGUUUUAUUGCUCUUAUUCCGAUUUUUCAUUUCUAAUGGUUUGGAAGCCAUUUUUGUAAUGAAUAAAUGUCCAUGCUGUACAGUAUCUGUAGCAUGCAGUUCUGGAUUAAUAAAAGCAACUUAGUACGUGCAGAUGGACUUGCAGCUCAUUUACCUAGAGGUUUUAUUUAACCCCCAACACCUCCGCCAAGAAGGCUUUUGACAGGAUGUGUUUUUAUCUGUUUUAGGAAAAGCAGCUUUAAAAAAUGCUGAAUAAACCAACAUAGAGGUUGAGCAGGUUGCUAAGUAUUUUGUGACUGCCUAGUCCUGAGGUUAUUUUAUAAUGUUUCAGAUCAGAGGAGCAUAGGAUUGAUUCAAGACCAUUUGGACACUGUGUUUAUUCACCAAACACAGAUAGGUAAUAUUCACUGAGAGAUUGUGUCUCACCCAAAAUACACAAUCUGAACUAAAUUUGGAUACUUUAGCCUCUAGGCCAAGAGCAGCCAACUUACGUUCUCAUCUUGGCCACUGGCCAUGCAACAACCUCUGCAGGGCAUCCAUGGUGGUUCUCUCUGCUCUAGACUAAGCAUAGGGCAACCAUAAUCUGAAAAGGGGUAGAGCUUCUGUUGCUGUAAGACAUCUGAAGAGAACCCCGAUGCCUCUUGGCAGGUUUCAAGAAGCAUCUUAAGAGGGAAAGCACAACCACACCUAGGACCCCGCUUUCCACAGUUCCUUGCA